AUGUCAGAUAAAUUUGUUCCAUAUUAUUUAUGUGAUAUUAACAAUCCUCCAGCUCAUCUUGAUGACAAUCAAAAAUCGAAUUGGACACCAUUUGAUAUACCAACAUCACUUUAUCAAAUUAUACAUGUAAAUAAACAUACAACAGCUGAAACAAUGCAAAAAUUAAUUAAUGAUGCACGAAAUUGUAAUGAAUUUACAUUUGAUACUGAAGGUGAAAAAUCAACCAAACAAUUAACAUUAAUUCAUUUACAAAUUAAAUAA